GUAAAAAGGCAGUGGAUGGUUGAAUAAAUUGGAUGAUUUAAUUAACAAAAGAAAAAUCAUAUGUUAUAUUAAAAUUUUUGUCUACAUCAUGGCUCAAAAAUUAUUAAGAAGACAACAGACUAGGAUCCUAUCGCCUUACAAAGAUAAUUAGUAUGAAAGAAAACAAUUCUGAAACAUACAUUUCUGGGAGUGGAGAAAUUUAUGAGUUGAAAAAGCCUAGGUGUAAAAAGGCCGAAGAACAGGAAGGUUCAAACGUAUUUGAUCUUGCCGUCGGGUUUGCAAGAAAGGGUGCUGACGUUCUUUUCACAUAUAGCCGAAAAGCUUUCAACAACCUUUUCGAAGAUCAACAAACAGACAUGUCUCGCCGAAGGGACAAGAUUGAGCCGAUGGGCCCAGUCUAUUUGAUAAAAUCAGUGAGAGAUCAGAUCCAGCUCUUCCAGGAGAAGCGAGGUAUAACGCCGGAUGAGAACAACUUUGUCAACUUGAUGGCAGUGGUGAUCCAGCAGUCGGGGCAGGCGAUGUACGCCGUAUUCACCAUGUUCCUUGCGCUCCUCCCAAUCAUCACGAUACUCAUCCAUGUAGCUCACUUUGUGCUCGACAGGGUUGUCGACGUUAUAACGACGAGGAAGAAGCAAGACCUGUGGGUGAAGGGCGGCAUUUUCAUUGCUCAGCUGACUGUGAUUUUUAUCGCCCUCAAAUUCAUAAUCGGGGCGAUUUUCUCGCCGAUCUUCUCAAUGCAGCUAACCAUUAUUUCAAAGAUGUUGUUCUUUGAUGACGAUUCUGGAGGAUGUUAGUUUCUCUGUCUGAUGUUUUCAAAAAAAGCAAAAACCUUGUGUCUGAAUUUGUCGUAAAAAAUAUAAACCUAUUUUCUCAUGUA